CGAUGGAGUGAGUGGUAUUCGUGAGCACAUCAUGAAAAUGUCUGAUAUGUCCAAUAAACUUAAAAGCAUGGACAUGGAGAUCAGUGAAGGUUUCCUCGUUCAUUUCAUAAUGACUUCUCUACCUGCAUCAUAUGGUCCGUUCAAGAUCAAUUACAACACGCAGAAAGAGAAGUGGACAAUGAGCGAGUUGAUUGCUAUGUGCGUUCAAGAAGAAGGGCGCCUUAAAACUGAAAAAACAGAUGUUGCUCAUCUCACCACCACAAACUCAAAGAAAAGGAAAGGUAACCGUCAAGGAGGAAGAAAAGGUUAUACUUCUAAGGUCCCAAAGAUAGGUGCAAACGAGAGCUCCGGUCCCUACUGCAAGUUUUGUCGCUUCAAGGGGCAUUACCAGAGGGAGUGCCCUAAGUUUAAGGCAUGACUGACUAAGAAAGGGAUUCCAUUCAAUCCGGACAUUGAGAAGAAAGCAAAGAGUGAUUAAGGUGGGCAAUGGAGAAGAAUUAGAAGUGAAGGCCAUUGGAACUAUCUCAUUAAUUUUAGAGAGUGGCUUCAUUCUUCAUCUUCGUGAUGCUCUUUAUGUACCUAAUAUUACUCGUAAUUUAGUGUCUGUAUCGAAACUAAGUGCUGAUGGUUUUACA